CCCGUCAUGGCCGUGGAGCCUUCUAUUUACAGCUGUUGCUAAUUCAUUCCAUGCAUACUCCAAGUCAUGAGUUGCGCUUCUAUGUUGUUUGAUUUGGUUUCUCUGCAAAGCACGGUGCGGCCUAAUCUUUACGUUUGAAAUUUGAGGCUCAGCGGCGAACUCAACGAACCGCCAUUCAGGGACGCUUUAUUAAGCUACCUCCAAUCAGUCUCUGCUAUUUCAUGAACUUUCUUUAGGAUGGCGCCGUAUUCUUCAUCGAAAUACCGCUUGUCGGCCGGCAGGGCCUCGCGAAAGGGUCCGAAAGUUACUCUCAAGGGGCCGAACCCUGAAGCCAACGAAGGCCCCCCUCUCAAGAAACGACGAUACAUUCCCGGAGGACCUGGAGGUGGAGGGAGAUAUGUCGAAAUAGACGUAGAUGAACCUCCCAAGAUCAAACGAACCCCCAUCGGACGGACCUCAUCCUCACGAAGCCGCCCUGCACCCGAACCUGCGCCCGAACAUGCACCUGCACCCGAACCCGAACCUGAACCUGAAUCCGAGCUGGAGCCUGAGCCUGAACCUGAACCCAUAGCCGAACCUGAACCUGAACCACAACCAGUCCUCCUCCCUCCACCCCGCCGCCACCCCCUGGAGAAGUCGCAGAGUCGUGGUCGCUAUGGCUCGUCGACCGCCGCCGCUUUGGCUCUACAGCAGGGAGACGGGUACAAGCCGCGCGAGGAGCGCGGUUGGGAGGAGUUCCACCCGGACUUGGAUAUCGAUGCCAAGAUUGCAGUUUUCGACGCGGAGGAAGUAGAUCGUCCGGCUCCGUCGACACCCAUUACGGAGAUAUUGCAGUUGAACGGUAUCGAUAUUAAUGGGAGCAAGGAUCCGUUAGCGGAGCUUAUCAAACUCCAUACCAGUGGCGCGUCUCCUUCACCUAUCAAGCGCAAACCAGGUCGUCCUCCCCGUCGUCCUGAGGCUAUCCUGAAUGCCCUCGGUAUCACACCUCAGCCGAAAGCUAUACCGCCACCGGGUCCAAACCCCCGUGAGAGGCUCACUCUCCCAAAACCUUCGUUCCGGUUGCGGGAUCCAUUUGUCUUCUAUGACCAGCCAGGUGUUGGCCAGCAGAACUACGUGGACCGGACGAUGGCGAGUGUGGGCUACCAAGAAAGUGAUCUUUUCGUCCGUCAUGAGCGGCAGAUGAUUCGUAUGACUGAGGGAGCGCAAGAAGACGAUCUGGAUAUUAUCAACCCGCCCACUAGCGAGGGAGAAGUCAAUGUCUCGGUUGGCAGAGUUGAAUAUGACAUGGAUGAGCAAGACGAAAAAUGGCUGGAAGACUACAAUGCGAAGCGAAGAGAAGAGCAGUUAGAGCCUAUCAAACCGGCUGUCUUUGAGAUUACCAUGACGAAGAUCGAAAAGGAGUGGCAUACUCUGGAAAAACGUAUACCGAAGCCGAAUCCGAAACCUCCACAGACACAACGCCCUCGGUCAAGCUCCGCAGCAGCCGUGAACGGAGAAACGACUGCUCCGGGCGAGGAACAAGACAGUAAAUGCGCUAUCUGCGACGAUGGCGAUUGCGAGAACUCCAACGCCAUUGUUUUCUGCGAUGGCUGUGAUCUCGCGGUGCACCAAGAGUGUUACGGUGUUCCCUUUAUUCCCGAGGGGCAAUGGCUGUGUCGGAAGUGCCAGCUGAUCGGACGGGGAUCCGUCAACUGUAUCUUCUGCCCGAACACGGAGGGUGCUUUCAAGCAGACUACGAGCUCUAAGUGGUCUCAUCUCCUCUGUGCCAUAUGGAUCCCAGAAGUCUCCCUUGGCAAUCCCUCGCUCAUGGAGCCAGUGACUGACGUUGAGAAAGUUCCCCGAAGCCGUUGGAAGCUAACUUGCUACAUCUGCAAACAGCGAAUGGGAGCUUCAAUUCAAUGCAGCAACAAAAACUGCUUUGUUGCCUUCCAUCCUACCUGUGCACGGCGCGCUCAGCUUUACCUCAAGAUGAAGUCCGGCCAUGGGGCUCCUGCAAUUAUGGACUCUCAUCUUCUCAAGGCAUUUUGUGAUAAGCAUGUCCCUGACGAUUGGCGCUUGGAGCAUGGCACCGAUGCUGCUACGGCGGAUGCUAUAGAAUAUUACCGCAACACAAUGCAAGGCAGGCAAUGGGGUGACAGCCAGGCGACCGCUCUAUCGCUGGAGCCAUCCCAUCCUUUGGGAGCCGACCCCGGCGAACUCGAUGGACAAAGGACACAUACCCCGCGCAUCACGCUUACUGUUGGUGGUAACAAAAGAAAGCGCAUUGGUCCACCAAAAACGAUAUGGAAGCUCCCGUCUGGUGCUCCAGUUAUUCCUCAGGUUGUCCUUAACUCUGUAGUGGCGUCCCUUCAACGUUUUGGUGUUCGGCAGAGGAAACAGUAUGCUGAAGAUGCCUGCAAGUACUGGACACUCAAGCGCGAAGCCAGGCGAGGAGCAGCUCUUUUGAAACGACUGCAGUUGUCAUUAGAGACUUUCUCGUCAAUGGAGAUGACACGAAGAGAUUAUGUCGCCAUGGGAGUCAGUGGUGGCAAGCGACUGCAGAGACGCAUUGAAUUCGGUGAAAGAUUGUCGAUGCUGUGCGAUGAAGUAAAGAAACGCGAGCGGGAAAAGUUGAAGGAUGCGGAACUUUUGAGGACCAUUGUGGAUACCGUAUACUUCCCUAUUUUCCCUCUGCUCUGGCCUAUCUAUGACAAAGCUCAAGGGCUUGACGGAAAAGGUGUUUUCAAACAAGGUCUGCUUUCUCUACGAACGAAACUUCAGCAGCGGUACUACACAUCGGUUGCAGCCUUCUCGGCCGACCUAGCUUCCAUAUUCACGUCGGAAAUAGGGGUUCAACCUGCCGGGGACACUGCUGAGUUACAAAUGCAGAUCAGCGGGCGCGCUCCUGAACUCCCUCUUGAACAGCGUGAGAAGAGGAAAUUGGCUAAGCGCAUCAUUAAGGCCAUUCAGCCCGCUCUCGAGGAUGCGAUCAAGAAAGAAAGCGAGCUCAACCGCAAGCCCUUCGAAAAGGAACUGAAAGAGCUGGAUCUCAUGUUUGAGAACAGCGUCCUCUCCCGAAGAGGAUCAGUAGAAGAAGGAUCUGCAGAGCCGGCUGAAGGCGAAGCGCAUAUCGCUAAUCAGGUUUCUGGUGAAGCUUCGGAUGGUGUGCAAGAGAAAGUCGGUGGUAAAGCAGAGAUUUCUACCAAAGUCGAGCCUCAAGAGGAAUCUUCCUCCUCAGCCAUACCUGAGAAGGCCGAGGAUACUCCUAUGCCUGACGCUGGGAAUGAGCGGUCUAUCGCAGAUGCUCAAGUACAGGAUACUCCCAUGACUGAUUCUGCUGAACUUACUGCUUCGGCGGCUGUGACGGAGCCGGAAAAUCAGACUGCUCCUGCAGCAUCGGCAGCAAUUCCCACCAGUGCUCAAGCACAGCAGGAAGGCGAGCCAGGCAAGGAGGAAGUUUUAAGCCCGCCACUACUCGCACAGCCGGCCGAAUCCCAGAAAGGGCUCCUCACACCUCCACCAAGCUUUCAGGGUGAUCCGCAGCAUCCCUUGUCACAGGGUGGUAUUCUAUGGUACAUGCAACCAUUCGAUCCCGUCGGAACGACUAUCCACGAAGAACGCUGGACCGGUCGCGAUGUCAUGAGGGGGAUGAGUGAGGAGCUUAGCGAGUUGGAUGAGGAUGAAUUGAAAGACUUGGUAGACGACGAGAUGGAGGGAGACUCGGCGCCCACGGAUACAGCCGCUGCUGCGUCAGACGCUCCAACCAGCGAGACGGCUGUGAAAGUCCAUCGAACUCGGAGGCGAUGGCGUGGAUUCAAGUGAUUCUUCGACGUACUUGCGAACAUGGUUUUAGCAAGCUUUCUUUCUUCUUCGCGAUCCUGUUUUGAAUCCUUCUCUAUUCCCCUUACGAGUUUUAUUUCGAGCCUUAACCUUAGAGAUGGGAGCAAAGGCGUGUUAUGAGUGUUAUAAGUGUGUGGAUGAAGCAUUGUUUUGCGCAUUGUGGUCUUUGCUAAGAAUGGGAAUCAAUUGAUUACGGAUGAAAUGGCCCUGAGUUUACUGC